AUGCAACCCGUACCACCUGCUUUUGGCGAAACAGGCCAGAAGUUCAGCGGACCGCCCCCGCCGUAUGGCCUGAACACAGACGAGACGCCUCCUCCGCCAGGUCCUCAAACAGCGUACGCGGCGCCGCCGCCAGCAACGGCCAUCAUCAUAACGGAGACUCAGCCGACACUCGGCCCGCACCCACAGGAUAUUCAGUGCCCCAGCUGUCACAACUUCGUCCGCACCCUGUGCACGCCGGUAGCCGGUCUGCUCACCUGGCUGUUGUGUCUGCUCGACAAACAUGGCGCCUGUUUGUCAAUGGGCGGUCAUCCGUCUCACUGUCGGAUAAUACCUUCGGUGACAGGUGACGAGCGAGACAACGUCAAACCUGCCCUCGGAUUUAUCGCCUACGUCAAUAACAGUUAUGAUUCAGUGAUGUCGUAA